UUUGCCUGAAAACGUAGCAACUAUGGUUAGUUUUAAUGCAGUCGUGGUGGCCAUGUCAAGUCUGUUCGUACACAUACCCGAAGGAGCAAUUUAUAAUUGUUCAGACAUUUUUCACAAGGUUGAGGUCAAUGACACAACACCCAUUGGGCAUGUAAUGGUUACUGCCACUGGAAAUAUUACACAGUAUAAUGGAUGCGGAAACUUUUUGGAACUAUCGAACGGGGAACUUGUAUUGAAAUCAAAGCUAACGACGCUUUGUGCAGACGAAUUGCCUCUAUGCCGAUUUGAUACAAGCGACUGUUCGAAGACGAAUAUUCUACUUCUACUGACCAUUGUGCGAACCGCAUAUUACAACAUAUCUUACAAAGAAGAGAAUUAUAAAGUAUCUAUAAAAGAGAAUACAAAAAAUGCAACAUUGCUGCAAAUCGGUUCCGAUAAACUGGGAGUAAAUCUCGCGAUUGGAAACUGUUAUAAUGGAGAUGAAACCUCGUGGGAGCGUCAAAAAUCAUUCGCACUAAAGACUGAAUCUGUGCCGUUUUUCUGGUCGGCCUCAAGAAACAGAAAUUCCUUAUAUACAUAUGGCAAUAUCGAUUAUGAGAAACGCACUGAAUAUGCCCUGACAAUCGAAGGAACAUAUGUGGGUAUAAAUGGUUCAGCAACAACGACGAUCUUUGUGGAGAUCAUUGACGAAGAUGACCAAAAUCCAACAUUCAACAUCACCGACGGUAUUGACUACAGACUGGAUAUCGCUGAAGGGGACAACGCGACAGUGAAUAGACCAUACACUACAACGCCGGUUAUAUCCGCAUAUGAUCCAGAUUUCGGCAUUAACGCAACCAUUAAAUACAAACUAAGAACUAUUACCCCAUCUGCUGGUGCUUAUCUUUUUACUAUCGACCCUGACAAAGGGACAGUCAAUGUUGCGGAAGUAUUGGACUAUGAAACGCAAUCGAAUUACCGACUCAUCAUCGAGGCUUAUCAAGUUGACAACCCACAGUCGCGCACCGCUCAAGCAACUAUAAACGUUAACGUCAUAGACAUAGAUGAUCACAAACCAUUUUUCCGACCGGAUGUUGACGAGGUGGUGUUAUUAGAACAUUCAGCCGUUGGUACACACGUGUAUAACGUGAAGGCCUUGGAUACCGAUGCAGGAGAAAACGGAUUCAUUACUUAUCGGAUCAUUGGCAAAACCGAGGCGUUUGAGCUUCUUAGAAUUGACAACAUUUCGGCAGCAUUGAAUGUUAAAGAUCCGGCGAAAAUUGAUAGAGAAAACCAGGAAAAUAUUACCGUUAUUAUUGAACCGUUAACACAUCAUGGUGAAGCAGGUCAAAACAACCUAACAGUGAACAUUCGUCUAGAGGAUAUCAACGACAACAAUCCGGUUUUCGGUAUCCCUGAUCUGUCUGAGUUCAGUUUCACGUAUGUGAAUCAGUCUGCUGGAACGUCUAUAGGAAAGGUUGAGGCAACUGAUAAGGAUACUGGCGAUAACGCUCUUCUAUACUAUGAGAUAGUUAACGGGACAAUGAACGCAGGGAAUUGUAAUAACGAAAGUCCAUUUAUUCUCAACAAAACAACCGGGGUUAUUGUUAUGAGCAGAAGUAAUCUCCCAUGUGAUGGAUACCGAUUUGUUGUUCAGGCUUGUGACAAUCCUAAUAAUCCUAUUGCGAGGCGAUGCUCAAUUACUACGGUUGCGGUUGCUAGGAUAGCCAAUGCGACUGUGGAUAACCCUCGUCAGGACAUAAACGUCACGGAAUCCGUAACCAUCAAUACUUACGUCGCUCAACUGAUGUGUGGUGGCACAGGUUUGACGUAUAAAGUAAUACCCAAUAUAGCUGCAGUGCCGUUUGGUGUAUCUCCCAGCGGAAUUUUGAAGACGACUGGAGUUUUAGACAGGGAAAACAUUUCGACGUAUGAAUUUCUGGUGCAAGUCUACCAGUAUGGGCAGGUCAAAUGCAACUUCAACAUAAGUAUAAACAUCCUUGAUGUGAACGACAAUGCUCCUGAAUUUCACCCUGACACGUACAUACUAUACGUUGGAAACCCCACUGAAAAGGGGCUAAUCGUCGGCAGAGUUCGUGCAAAUGAUUCUGAUAUCGGCGACAACGGAUUUGUGAAUUAUUCGUUCAAAACCAAAAGCGGUCAAUCGUACUUAAUCAACGGUUCAUCCGGGGAAAUCAGUCUUGUUAGUCCAGACCAUGUCAGGGAUAUUGAGCAACUUGUGGUCAUUGCGGCAGACCAAGGAACACCAAGAUACGAGGCUUCGGCUGUUGUUUAUGUCCUCAGUGGAGAUGCUGGUACAAGCUCGGUUCCACUUAACACGCCUCUGCAAAAAGGACAGAUAACAAACAAGAAAGAAUCAUUUGAAAGAGGACUUUCAGAGAUAUUAAACCAGAGUGUAGUCAUUUCGCAUGUGGACGCCUACGAAAAGUCUCCGCACAGGUCUAGAAUCUUCAUCAUUGCUACAGAGAAGUCCGUCGAAACCAGCACAUUGGUCAGACUGGUGUAUAAUAACUACGAAGAGAUACGGACAUUAUUCUUUUCUGCACUCGAGACUGCAGACACCAAAUCUUCCCAUUCGGACCUUGGGGCACCAGAGAUAGGUCUUAUCGUAAUGGCGGUUGUGAUUCUCGUGGGAACAAUUAUUGCGAUUGUCUUCAUAAACAGGCAGUUUAACAGCCACAAAAGAUACAAAAAGCUCUAUGAAACGCUAACUAAGGACAGUUCGAUGUACGAGUCUCAAGAAGUCAAUGCAACGAUGGAAAGCGAAUCUGGAUCGGCGAGCACAAACGAACAAGCAGUUAUUAGAGAAAACCUGCUGUUUUCGGGGGACGACAAUAACAUUGCAUCGGAAUCCAGUUACAAUGUGGGAGAAACAAGGGUUGAAGAAAGCACGUCGGUAAAAGAGGCGAUGGACAGUCUUGAUCAGAGUCUGUAUAGCGAGGAAAAUGAGCGGCAAACUGUUGUUAAUUCUGAAGAUUUAACUGAUGAAGCAAUCGAAAGCAAUCAGGAAACACCCGGCAGUAGUGACAAUGUCAUUUACGCAAAUGUAAAAAUGAAUAAAACGGAAAGUGAUGGCAGCAAUAGCCUAGGGAAUACAGACACGCUGUCUAAUUUCAAGGCUCAAGAUGUUAUGAUUGAAGAACCUAACCCUGACUACGAUCGUAAAGAAGUGAGGUUUAGUGCCGAGGUGCUUGAUGCUGAUGAAAACAAGAUGACGCCACUGAAAGUAAAGGAUGAAACGAAUAGCAUCGGAGAGGGUGACGACAAGUCAAAUAUAAAGUCGGUUGAGGAGGGUGAAGAUGUAAAGAACAAACAAACUAUCGAAGGAGAUGAGCGUGAAAGCGAUAAAAUGCAUAAUGAUUACAAUCCGACCAAAGAUGUUAAUGAAGGAGCAAAUGAAAACCUAAUAAUUGGCCAUUUACUUAGUCCUGACACAGACGUUGAAGUAGAUGAAAUUGUGUCACCUUCGCACGACAUUAAUUCUGACAACAACAGUCAGGUUGACUUUUACUUUGCUUCAGAAGUAUCAACACACUUUUAGAUUAAGUCACAGGUGCGCAUAAGUAGAUGCGAUGUUGAUGUAAUUUGUGUACGGAACGGUUUGGUGACAGAAACAUUUUUAGCUGUAUCAUUAUUUCGUGCUAUUGUUCUCAGACCAACAUAAAACAUGUGCUGUUAUUACGUAUCAAGGGUCUAGUUAUCCAAUCAAAGUUGUAUACUUAAUUUUGUAAUUUUUUACUAAUAAUAAAUGUUUCCUUAUUCUAAUUGAUUUACAAAAUUAGUCAAAUAUUAUUAUUUUUGUUUCUACAAAUCGUCAUGAACAUCCAAUAUCUUGCUGUAUUCAUGUUUCAUAUCGAUAGCAUUUCGUGAUAAUAUAUUAGAAUGUUGAAAUUCACAAUAAAACAAUCUUCACGAAGAGUCCUCUACUCCUCAAAGGUAAAUGUGUGUUGUGAUUGAAUUUUAUAAAUAUGUAAAUGAAUAAAGAAAUUCCUGAUAAGUUAUUCUUAAAGGCUCUAUAAAGGUGACAAAUCCAAUUAUUAUGCAUAUCAACUGGUUACCGUAUUUCAGUUACUCUUGCAUAAAAACUGCUAAUAACACAGCUUAGGUACAACGUUGUCAAGAAUUAUGGAAGGUAAACCCGUUUCAUUAUUGGAAAAAAUGUUUACAUUUUUGCAACUUACGUGAUGUGUAGCCUCAGAACGGUGACAAAUGCUAAAAAUAGCCUAAAGAAAAUUCAAGUUUAAUUCUAUUGUAAACAACUUUUUACCAGCAGAAAGUAAAGUAUCAGAUCACUACAAACGUUUUAACCAUUUAGCAGAGAUCUACUUUGUGAGUGAUACCGGAAAACGUUAAAAAUCAUCGUCAUAUUUUUGGUGACCUGAGUCACUUUCACUUUCUCUUUCCCGAGUAAACAGCGAUGUAAAUAAAAUGAUUGUUUGUAAACACAAUUGACUUGGAGGGCACUUUAUUUUUAGCUCAAAACAAGUUGUAUUGCUCAGUUUUUAUGUAUAUGUCUAAUUGCAUAUAUAUAUAUAUAUUGUUUUUGAUAACCUUUAUAAAUAAAAUAUGAAAAAAAUAUUUAAAAAUCGGUAAAUAAUAACGGAUCUUCACCUUUAUAGAGCCUUUAAUUUCAACUAGAAAAUCCCUUCAAGAGACAAACUGUAAAGUAUAAGUAUUUUGUAUAUGAUUAAUAAGAUGUAUGCAUCAUUUGAUUAAUAUAAAAUCAUUUUUAUAAUGUCCUCAUUCCUGAUGUGUUAAAUUUUACGCAGAAAUUAUUGUUUUUUCUUUGCAAAUAAGCAUUAUGAAAUGUUUUGUAGUGUAUAUUAUAUCUGUAUCUGUAUUGUUUCGUGUUAUAUAUUUUUUAGAAAUAAUAUUCAGACAAUGCAUUCGAAAUGGGUUUAUAUGUAAACGCUUCAAUGUGGGCUAUCAAUAUUAGUUAUGCUAUUUAUACGUAUAGUAACAUUUAUCACUGCAAUACUACUAGCAAACAUCGUAAAGCACGUACAUGUUAUUACAAUUUGAACGCUUUAAAUGUACUUUCGAGUGAUUACCUACAAAAGUAUGAUGAAAGUUUCCUACCACUGAAACAAUAUUUACAAACUGUUGUUUAUGCAUAUUUUGGCGAAUUUAAGGUGUGCUUAGUUCUUGAUGAAUAUGUGAAUUAUAUUUGUUGGGAGUCUUUGAUUUUUACCUUUAGUUUUGUGAAACAUGUAAUAACCGUUUACCUUAUAAAUUGUAAUAUUCGAAUAGUAUAACUAUUUAAACAAA